UUAAUGCUUCCUGAUUGUGAUUUAUUUCGUAGCUAGAAGCCAUGAUUAAACAACCUGUUCUAGCGGAGCUGCAAUUCUUCGUAAACAGCGUGUCCCUGCUGUACAAAGGCAUUCCCCCGAAGGACACGGGUGCGUUGGUGAAGAGCGCCUUACACCUGCUGGAGGAUCUUCCGUCAACCCGGGAUGCGGUGUUCGAGUAUUUUACGCUCGUUUUUAAUAAUGCUGUCAAGGGGUACAUGCUGGUUGCGGAGAAAAAUGUGUCCGAUCCGUCGGCGGAUGAUGACGCGGUGCACGAAAUACACGAAGCACUGGAACUGUUGGUCACCGAAGGUCCGUCUGCCUGGUGUCCGCUAAUCUCAUCUUGGUGUAUGCAAUUGCUGGGAGAUAUCUGCAAAAAGCACGGCCGACGCCGGCCGCCAGACAUUCGCGGUGCGUGCAAUUUGUGGCUCGGUUGCACCACCGUCCGUUACCUUGUGAGCCUCAGUGCCCUCUGCCUGGAGAAACUGAACGAAGCUGAAGUGGACGGCUGCAUCGGAGAGCUGCUGACUAUCUACGGAACGCACUCGCCCCACUUCGACUGGGUUGUUGCACGGCUUGGUGGAUGCUUCCCGCUGAAGGCAAUCUCCAGUAUGCUGAGCGUGGGCUUGACGCGGUUCUCAGGAGUUCAGGCGUCCGAGUCUGAGGUAGAGAUACUGAGCUAUCUUGGGAUGGCCCACGAAAACGAUCUGCAGUUCGCGAUCAAAUCGAUACUGGAACUGGAUAGUAUGGGAGAACGUGUUGUUCCCUACCUGUUGCUGUUGGCGAAAUCCUCUGAAACGAUAUCGCAGGCCUUGGUGGCGGUAUUUUUGGAACUCCAUGCCGAAAAUCGGCUAUCAUCAAUGAAGGUUACGCCGGAAAAGUGGCCCGGAAAUUUUAGCCUUACGUUCGCGCUCCAUCUGGCAGCUGGUCAGCUUCUAAAAUUGAAGAAAAACGCCAUCGAAGUCACGCUGAUCGUCGCAAAACUUUCCACCAAAUACGGCUGGUGCCAGGAGCUGCUGGAAAUGAUGUUUGUGGAGUUGGAAAUGGUCGUGCUCGAAAAGCAUACCUCCCCAAUGCUGGAGGACAUUAUCCGUGAUGGUUCGCGUGAUGCGCUGUGGCAAGCGUGCAUCUCCGACUCGCCGUACCAGCAGCAAGUGGCGGUACGGUUAAUUUUACUAGCUAGCUUCAAAUCAAACUCUGUGUUCCACCAAUCAAUCGUGUACCUACUGUCCGCGUCGGCGGCGGGUGACGCUAGCGGGACCAAACCUCAACUAAACGCACUCGUCCGUCUGCUGGGUGGCCCGGUCGGUACGGCGGAAGUGCCCCGGGCAAAGCCAGCUUUCGAGACGGCCUUCGAGAAAAUACUGCUGGCACCCGGUAAAAGGGUUGAAAACUGGAACAUCAUCCACAACAUGGUGACAUUGUUGAGGCAGGAACGUGCGGCCGCAAGUCCGCUGCGGAAGGUAAACUGUAUCGGUACUGUGCAGGAACUGCUCGAUCGGUUGCUGAAGAUUUGGGAGACAUUUAUGGGCCAGGAACGGGCGCACGACGAACCGUCGACGGUGGGAUCGACCAACGGAAUAGAGCAAUCCCUGGAGGGAACACAAUCGGCAAAGAGGGCUCGUAAUGUACCUACCUGCUCCAUUGGAAGCGAUAACGGUGAUACAACCGGGGAAAAAACGAUUCAUGACCUUAUACAUGAAACCGUUCGUCUGAUCGAGUGUCUGGACAUUGGCAGGACGGCAUCCAUCGGUACGGCCGAAACGCUCAAACUAUCUCAACUGCUGGUGAAGUACUUUUUCUACUGUCUACAGCUUUCGAGUGGUCCCCCUGGUGGACUAAACGGUACCUUUAGCGAAUCAGAAGCGCUCGACGAAUCGCUCGAUCGUGUUUACUUGCUCCUAUCGAAACACUGUGGCCACCGGAAGGCCGCCCGAACGGCGGCCUUACGUGAACUGCUCGAAGGUGCUCUGUUCAUGCAUGGCGCCUUGUUUGGCUCGCAGUCGGAAACGGACGCGUACUGUUUCGACAAACUGGACGACUUGUUGAUAAAACUGAACCAAAAGCAAGGCAUCGCACUGAACGCGUCGAGAGCGACCGUGCUGCACGCGGGCGUUAUUGGCCAGGGACCGAAAGUACCGAUUAAAAGAGCCGCCGGGCCCGGCUCGGCGAUGCAGAACCAGUUGCUGAACGCGAUCGUAGCGUGCUGCCAAGACGUUAACGAUCAUCAGGCGACGAUCGAUGGGUUCAGCUACGUUUCCUUGCUUCUGGUGGAGCUCGUUUCGCCCGAUGUGAUGUACAAUGGGUUACCGUGGCCAGAGGAGGAGUUCACUAAGGUGACGAUGGAACGGGAUCUUCAGAUUCGACGAACAUUCCGGCACGCACCUAUACUCUGGUCCAUACUGGGGCUCGUCGCUUGCUACCGCCCAUCGCUCUGCUAUUGCUCGGUAUUGCUGAGGGCGCUUUGUGCGUCGGCCCUGCACCAGUGGCGUUCGAAAACGGCCGAAACAAAGGAAGGUCAAAAGGCGGAUCUAAUGUACGUGACGACUAAGCUGCUGGAACUGAUGGCACUGGCGCAGCUGCUUCCACCGCCCCUUAGCUACCUGCACAUCGUACUGGAAUAUCUGGAUGGCCCGGAGAUCGCUUACGUGCUCAAGGAGUGUGUUUGGAACUACAUGAAAGAUCAUGUCCCAUCGCCGGUGCUGUUUGUCUGUGACCCAACCGGGUUCCAUUGGCGCGAUCCGCUCACCUCCCGCCCACCGGUACAGUACACGAACGCCCUUCGGAACACGAUGCAAAAGAAGCUGACCAAAGUUGGCCACCUGUAUUAUCAAAUGUUUGUCGGCCCGGAGUUGCGAAAUCCACAAGCCAUCAACCAACCACAAGGUUUUAACGGUGGUGGUGGUGUUGGAGGAUGCCCACCAGGCCCUUCUAACGGAGACCAAGGACACAAGGGGGCGCCCCUUGGACCGUUGGUGCUGGGUCCAAAUACAACACCCCAUCCCGGACCGGUGCUUUUAAUUGACUAGAACGUGGCGACACUGUAGAUGUGAAAUACUUUCUGAAAACAGUACAAUUAAAAUGCAAAAAAAUAAUGUUUGAUCCUU